AUUUCCUUCUCUUUUAUGUUCUUCUCAUUUGCUUUGCUUUGCGUUCCUUAUUUCUUUACUUUCACGUACACCCAAGUGCAACACGCGUUGAGCGCUUUACAUAAUUGUGGCGAGUCCCCUCCCCCCGUGCGAGAACGACCCUCCCAAUUUUUCUGCUCCAAAGCACGCAACGAAUAAAUGACCUACACGGGGAGAUUCAGAAAUGUGCGUACCCUCCUUUGAAAGUCGGCAGGAUUGUACACCAACGGGGAGUGCGUAUAGCUCUGCGCGGGUGAAUGUGCCACGAUAGCGUGCCCGAUUGACAGUCAUACCAACGUUUCAGCGUACAUUGCAGUAGGGGUAAAGGAGCCCAUCCCUGGAUCGUGUGCAAGUGGGAAGAAUACUGGAGCAGAAGGUUUCAGCAAGGAAAGGGCAUUCCACUCAGCAGAUCGUAACUGUGCCGUUUUUUCCCUCCAUAGAGGUGAAAACUUCCCGACUGAUCUCCCCCCCGCAAUUGGCAGAAUGAGCAACCCGCAAAACUUCGAUAUACACAAUUUGAGAAGGCUAGGAAAGAUAGGGGUAAGCGUGGGGGCAUUUCUCGGGUUAACAUCAUUUAGCAGUUGGCUGUUUAAUAACAGCCUAUACAAUGUAGAGGCAGGAAAGAGAGCCAUAAAGUACAACAGGCUGUUUGGCCUAUCGAACAGAAUAUACGGAGAAGGGACUCAUUUUUUAAUCCCCUAUUUUGAGAGGUGUAUAAUUUACGACGUGAGAACGAAGCCUCGUGUUCUCAUGUCCUUAACAGGAUCUAGAGAUUUACAAAUGGUUAACAUCACAUGCCGAGUUUUGUCUAGACCGAAUGAAAAUAAACUGGUAGAAAUAUAUAGAACUUUGGGAAAGGAAUAUGAUGAGAAGGUCCUUCCUUCUAUCAUUAACGAAGUGCUAAAAAGUGUGGUGGCUCAGUAUAACGCUUCUCAGUUGAUUACCCAAAGGGAGGUUGUAAGCAAAUCUGUUAGGGAACAGCUGGUGCAGAGGGCCAAAGAUUUUAAUAUCCUCCUAGACGACGCGUCCAUAACGCACCUAAGUUUUAGUAAUGAAUAUGAGAAGGCUGUGGAAGCCAAACAGGUGGCUCAGCAGGAGGCUGAAAGGAGCAAAUACAUCGUUUUAAAAGCAGAACAAGAAAAAAAAUCAACAAUUAUUAAAGCACAAGGGGAGGCCGAAGUAGCCAAGUUGAUUGGACUUGCGGUGAAGGAUAACCCUGCCUUCAUGGAACUUAAAAAAAUAGAACUCUCGAAGGAGGUCGCCAAUAUCAUUUCCAAAUGUCAGAAUAAGGUUAUGUUGUCCACGGACUCGCUUCUGUUCAAUUUUGCCAAGUGACCCCCGGGUGGGAGGCCUACAGAGGAAUCAUGCCAUGUGUAAGGCUCGCCAUCAGAUAUAUAAGCGUUGCGGCGGUGAUGCGGGGAUUUCUCCCCUCGCGCGGCACUUCAAUACGCACUGCAGCCUGUUCCCCCGAAUGGUUGUUAAUUUUUUCUAGGUAGCCACAUCCCACAGUGUGCGGCCAUGCUGACCUAACACCAACACGAUGCUCAUCGUGCGCAUGAGUGCGGUUAGCAUGUCCCCACCCCGCAAUUUUGCCGCUCUUCAGUUUGGUCCUUCUCACGCGGUUAUUUCGUAGUUUGCCAUUCCUUACAUUGCCCUUCCCCAACAGACACGGUGCCCCCGCGAAGUUGCCACCUGCAUGUCUCACCUUUGCCUAAACACGCUUCGCCAUUUUUCAUUUGUAAUUUUUUAAGCAACUCCAUUUUGACGUAUUUUAAAAAUUACCCCUUGGUUCUGCAGGGGUGUACCGCUCGGUCCUGCAGGGGU